CAGAACUACUCAAGUUGUCUUUUAUUGAUAGCCAUCUACGUUAUUGCCUGGGACGACCCAAAAAGUGGCAUCUAAUGAGAAUCAGUUUGCAUUGGGAAAAAAGGAGGCUCCAGUCUUAAUGUCCUGGGAGUGGGAAGUGGUUCAGGUAAAAUGGACCUUGAAAUACUUGGCAAAAUUCAGUCCAAACAUCCAGGCUUUUUCAUUCAUAAUGAGGUGGUGGAACCUAAUCCUCAACACAUUUCUAAAUAUAAAGCACUUGUGAAAGAAUGGAAUCCAGGUCCAAAUAUUUCCUUCACCUGGAACCAGAUGACCUCAGGAGAAUAUGAAAAGCAAAACAAGAAAAGGAAUGAAAGUAAAAAAUUUGAUUUCAUUCACAUGAUUGAGAUGUUGUAUUAUGUAGAAAGUUUGCACGAUACCAUCACGUAUUUUCACAGCCUUCUGGAAACUAAUGGCAAACUUCUAAUAGUACAAACUGCAGAUGACGGUGGCUAUCAUUCACUUUGGAGAAAAGCUGGAUCCCGGUUUCUCAGCAGUUGCCUUUUUCUUGAUGUCCACAAAGUCCUUGAUGAAAUGAGAAUGAAGUAUCAUAUCUAUGAGCUUUCUUCUAUCUUUGAUAUCACAGAGUGUUUCAUUGAAGGAAAUGAAAAUGGAGAACUUCUGUUGGAUUUCCUUACACACAUAGUAGAUUUCAGGAAAACCGCUCCAGCAGAUCUGAAUGCUGAAGUUCUUCAAUGCUUACGCCAGCCUCAAUGCUCAAGGGAGGAAAAUGGGAAAAUACUUUUCAAUAAUAAUUUGCAUUUCAUAGUGAUUGAUUAUUAAUUGUAUUUCCAUCAGUCAGUAAUUAUUUAAUUAUCUCCACCUCAAAUAUUCUUAAUAGUUUUGUGUUCUUACUUCAGAACUGUUUAACAUCAAUUAAUUAUGAAGUUAUACCAUUAUCCAUGUGUCAAAUUAAUCCACUAACUGCUUUCAAAAUUACAAAACAAAUCUUUGAAAGAUUAAAAUUAAAAAUUCCUGGCUUCUAAAGGAUUAACUUCUAGCCAUGUCAUCUCGAUGAAUCUUAAAAAUGACUAUUCAAAACACAUUGUCAGGUGGUUUGAAGCCAUAAGUUCCUUUUGUAAACUUCAUAUAAGGAAUGAUAACAGGGAUUUCCAUUGCUACAAUGUAUAUUCAUUUGCAUGAGUUCUACUUCUUUAUUAAAUUGAAUUGUAUAAUGCAACUGAUUAUUUACUCAGUAAUAGUUUUGA